UAUGUUGUUGUGCUUCAUCUUUGUUGUUCAAAAGCGAUGAGUGUAUGACUGCAGACAUAUAACCAAUUUCCAGUCCUAAAAUUGCAACUCCUCUGACUCUCCUUCUCACACACACGCACUGAAAACCCUUCUUCUUCUCUCUCUGUCUCCUAUAGGCACAGCCAAUGUAUAUAUACCCACCACAACCCACCUGAAUUCUCUCAUUUUUUCUGGAUUUUGGUAACUGGGUUUGGGUGUCUGUGCUUCAAUUCAUGGAGAUGUAUAGCUAAAAGGUAUGUAUGUGUGUAGAUACACAAAUUCUGCGGUGGCAUGGCGCUUUAUCUCUCUCUACUCUUCAUUUCCAUCAUGUGACUUAGUUCUAUCACGAUAAAACUUGUCUGCAACUGCCCACCUGGUAGUGUGUGUGUAGACGUGGAGCUGUUUUUGGGGCAGAAACACGCUGUGGAGAGUGAAAUGUUGGAUCUGAACGUUGAUGCCGGAUUGUCAGUGGAAUCCGCUUCCUGCGAGGAUGAAAAUGAUCGGAAGGUUACUAAUACCGGCGACGCCGAUUCUGUAACUUCCACCACCACCAACAAUAAUGUCGCCUUCGCCGCCGACGAGCUUGACUCCAACAGCUCCACCCGAAGAAGCGCCGUCCCUACUCUCAAUUUCUCCAUCCUCCACCGCAACGUGAUCGAUAUUGACCAUGACGUGAAUAACGGAGUCGCCCGUAACAUGACUGAAUUGCAGCUUUUUCCGGUGGGUGCUUCGUGUUCGCUCCCGGCCAUGGAUAGGGCUAACUAUUGGUUGAAUUUAUCGGCGAUGGAGGUUUCCGGCGGUGGAGGGGCAGAAUUGGGGGUUUUCAAGGCACAAGUGCCGCCUAAUAAUCAGUUGCAGAAGCCACCAGCAAAGAAGAGUAGGCGUGGGCCGCGCUCUCGGAGCUCGCAGUAUCGAGGGGUUACCUUCUAUCGGAGAACAGGAAGAUGGGAGUCGCAUAUCUGGGAUUGUGGCAAACAAGUCUAUUUGGGGGGAUUUGACACAGCUCAUGCUGCAGCUAGAGCAUAUGAUCGUGCUGCAGUCAAGUUCCGUGGAGUUGAUGCGGACAUCAAUUUCAACAUAACCGAUUAUGAGGAGGACAUGAAACAGAUGAAGAACUUGACAAAAGAAGAAUUUGUUCAAAUUCUUCGCCGGCAGAACACUGGAUUCUCUCGAGGAAGCUCAAAGUACAGAGGCGUAAGCCUGCACAAAUAUGGACUGCGGGAAGCACAUAUGGGUCAAUUCCUUGGGGAAAAGGAUCAUGAUAAAGCAGCUGUUACCAACUUUAUGCCUGGUAAUUACAAGGGAGAGAUAAAUAGAAUUUCGACAGAUGGAGGUAGUGGAAGGAAUCUUGAUCUCAACCUUGGAAUUUCUUUAGCUUCAGAUGGUCCACAGAGGAAUGGUACGACCAAUAACUUGCACUUCGCCUAUGCAUCUUAUGAAUUGCCUGAUGGGAAGAGAGUAAAGGUUGAAGCGUCCUCUGCUUCUUCUCAUGGGCUAGUAAUAACCACCAGGUAUGCUCCAAUUGGAGCUGGCAUAUUUUAUGGUAUCUCACCAAACAGUGAGGAAAGACCAACAGGAACGAGAACUGAAGCUAUUCAUUUGCCUGGAUUCUCAAGCUGGCCGUGGCAAAGGCAAAUCCAUGGUUUAGUCGACACUGCACCACUUUUGUCUUCUGCAGCAUCAUCAAGAUUCUCUUCCACUACCUCUCCCUACUCAAAAACUCCACCAUCUCAUUGACGUCUACACCACAAUUUCCACCAACUGCUUUUCCCACGGCCUUCAUCGACUCUCCAAUUACAGCCCCUGAGGCAACAUCACAGCAGCCUUACUACUUUAGUCUGUAAAAGAUUUGGCUACUGAAAGAAACCAGUAAUCAGCAUUGAUAUGGAUUUACAUCUCUCGUCAGUCAUACAUAUAUAAUACAAAAAACAGA